AUGUCAACUCCACCAGCUGGCUCAUCAUAUCGUGAUAAUAAUCGAAGAAGAAAAAGAUCACCUUACGACGACGACGGUGAGGAUGAUGACAACAACAUCGAUAGAUCUUCAAUCCAUCAACCAUCAUCACCACCAUUAGGAUCUUCGCCUAAUCCUCACCAACAAUUACCUUCUUCUCCAGCUAUACCAUUUGACACAGCUUUAGACGAUGAUGAUAUAGAAGAAAUUGUUCACAAUGACAUACAAGAUUUGAAUCCAUCGGACCAAGAUUCCGAAGAAGAAGGGGACGAUUUAAUGGAAAAUUUGGAACAAGAUUAUCGAGCCAAUCCAGAACAAGAUCAUUAUGAUUUGGGUGAUGGGAAUAUUGAUGAUACUGGUGAUUAUGAAGAAAUGGAUGCUGCCACCAGAAGAAGAAUUGAUCAACAAUUAAACCGUCGUGAUGCCAUUUUAAAUAACGCUAAUCGUUCUCGAAGAGGAGCAUUUUUAGAUGAUAAUGAGGAUGAGGAUGAAGAUGAUGAAGGAGAAGAUAGUAUGGGUCAAUUUGGAUUACCUAUUCAAAGAAGAAGAAGAAGAGAACACCACGAUGAAGAUCAAGAUGAUUUAAUGGAUGAUGUAGAAAUAGAUCCAUUCAACGAAGAAUUAUCAUUGGAAAGUUUGAGUGAUGUCAAAGCUCCUAGUAUCACUGAAUGGAUAUUACAACCAGCUGUGAGUAGGUCUAUUGCUAGAGAAUUGAAAUCAUUCUUUUUAGAAUAUACCGAUGCUAAUGGUGAUUCCGUUUACGGUAACAAAAUGAGAACCCUUGGUGAAGUCAAUGCUGAAUCCCUUGAAGUAAGUUAUAAAGACUUGGCUGAUUCAAAAGCUAUAUUGGCAUUAUUUUUAGCAACUAGUCCAGAAGAAAUGCUCAAGAUUUUUGAUAUAGUUGCUAUGGAGGCGGUCGAAUUACAUUAUCCAAAUUAUUCACAAAUUCAUCAAGAAGUUCACGUUAGAAUCACAGAUUUCCCUAAUAUUUUAAACUUGCGUGAUUUGCGUGAAAGUAAUCUUAAUCAAUUGGUUAAAGUUUCUGGGGUUGUUACUAGAAGAACUGGCGUUUUCCCACAAUUGAAAUAUGUUAAAUUUGAUUGUUUGAAAUGUGGAGUGGUUUUGGGUCCAUACGUACAAGAUUCUAAUACCGAAGUGAAAAUUUCAUUUUGUACCAAUUGCCAAAGUAAAGGUCCUUUCAAAUUGAAUUCAGAAAAAACAUUGUAUAGAAAUUACCAAAGAAUCACUUUACAAGAAGCACCUGGUACAGUUCCAGCCGGUAGAUUACCAAGACAUCGUGAAGUUAUUUUAUUGUCUGAUUUAGUUGAUGUUGCUAAACCAGGCGAAGACGUUGAAGUUACUGGUAUUUACAAGAAUAAUUACGACGGGAAUUUAAAUGCUAAGAAUGGAUUCCCUGUGUUUGCCACAAUCUUGGAAGCCAAUUCCAUUAGAAGAAAAGAAAGUAGUGCGUUUAUGGGUGGCAACAAUUUGGUCAAUAUGUGGACUGAUGAAGAAGUACGUGAGUUUAGAAAAUUAUCGCACGAAAAGGGCAUUAUUGAUAAGAUCAUUGCCUCGAUGGCUCCAUCUAUUUAUGGGCAUAAAGAUAUUAAAACCGCUCUUGCUUGUUCAUUAUUUGGUGGUGUUCCUAAAGAUGUUAACGGGAAACUCUCCAUUAGAGGCGACAUUAAUGUAUUAUUAUUAGGGGAUCCAGGUACUGCUAAAUCCCAAAUAUUGAAAUAUGCUGAAAAAACUGCCAGUCGUGCUGUUUUCGCAACGGGACAAGGUGCAUCAGCUGUUGGUCUUACAGCAUCAGUUAGAAAGGAUCCAAUUACUCGUGAAUGGACAUUGGAAGGUGGAGCUUUGGUGCUUGCAGAUAAGGGAACUUGUCUUAUUGAUGAAUUUGAUAAGAUGAAUGAUCAAGAUAGAACCUCUAUUCAUGAAGCUAUGGAACAACAAAGUAUAUCUAUUUCUAAAGCUGGUAUUGUUACCACAUUACAUGCCAGAUGUGCAGUUAUUGCCGCAGCUAACCCUAAUGGAGGUCGAUACAACUCAACAUUACCAUUGCCAGAAAACGUUGAUUUAACUUAUCCAAUUUUAUCAAGAUUUGACAUCAUGUGCAUUGUACGAGAUUUAGUCAACCCUGAAUCCGAUGAACGAUUGGCUAGUUUUGUCAUUGAUUCCCAUAUGAGAUCUCAUCCUGCCAAUGAGGAAGAUAUUUUGAAUGAUAGUAGUAGUAAAAGUGGUCAAAAUGCCGAAGAAGACGAAAAUAUGGAUGAUGGAAAUGGAGAUCAAACAACUGCGGCAAGAACUCGAUCAGAAAGAAUUGAACAAUUGAAUAAACAAAAGGAACAAGAAAUAUCACCUAUCCCACAAGAUUUAUUAAUUAAAUAUAUUCAAUAUGCUCGUGUUAAAGUUCAACCAAAAUUACAUCAAAUGAAUAUGGAUAAACUUGCUCGAGUGUACGCUGAUUUAAGAAAAGAGGCAAUCACAACUGGUUCUUACCCUAUAACGGUUCGUCAUUUAGAAAGUAUUUUAAGAAUUGCUGAAGCAUUUGCUAAAAUGAGAUUAUCAGAGUUUGUCAGUCAGAAUGAUUUGAAUCGAGCCAUUAAAGUGAGUAUCGAUAGUUUUAUUGGUGCUCAAAAAGUGACGGUAAAACAAAAACUUAGAAGUAAAUUUAUGAAGUAUACUUUGUAA